AGCCUCAUGGGCUCUGCCGGGGUCCCCCUGCUGCUGCUGCUGCUGCUGCUGGUGGGGGCGCUGUGCCAGAUCCCUGGAAGCGAAGGGGGGAAGGAGCCUCCCGCCCAUUUCCUGGCCCAGGUGAAGGACGAAUGCCACUUCCUCAACGGGACGCAGCAGGUGCGAUACCUGUACAGGUUCAUGUAUGACUGGCAGGAGUUUGUCCGCUUUGUCAGCGACCUGGGCAAGUUCGUAGCCGUGACCGAGUUGGGGCAGCCCGAUGCCGAUGCUUGGAACAGCCUCCAGGACUACCUGCAGGACCAGAGGGCCUCCGUGGAUCGCUUCUGCGGGCACAACUACGGGGUGUAUGAUGGGCACCUGACUGGCCAGAGAACCAACCCCACCGUCACCAUCUCCCCCACCAAGGUGGACCCCGCGUCCCCCAACACCAUCCUCCUCUGCACCGCGACGGGCUUUUACCCCCUGGAGAUCGACAUCCGGUGGCUGAAGAACGGGCGGCCGGAGAAGGAGGGCGUGGCCUUCGGGGAGGAGCUGCAGAACGGAGACUGGACCUACCAGCGCCAGGUGAUGCUGGAGACCCGGCCCGAGCGGGGGGACGUCUACGCUUGCCAGGUGGGGCACGCCAGCCUGGAGGACCCUGUCACUGUCCAGUGGGAGCUGCGUUCCUCCAACUCCGCCAGGAGCAAACUCUGGACAGGGGCUGUGGGGGCUGUGCUUGGGGGGGCCUUCCUGGCUGUGCGCUCUCCCUGUACCUGAAGAGCAAGAAAGGUGAGUCU